UGAGUAAAAGAGGAAAGAGAAAUAAAGAGGAGAAACAGAAGAACCCAAAGCGACCAACAACCCUCGUUCCGACGCGCGAGGUGCCGAAUCCCCGGCUGCAUUGCCGUCCUCGAUCUACAUCCGUAUCCGGAGAGGCGAUCGGAUCGUUCCCCGAGGCCAGGUUCCGGCUCCGGGGAGCUUGUUACGGCGAGAGAUCGGGAGAUCCGACUGCCGAUAAGCAUUGCGUGUUAGAAGGUGAUGAUUGAGAUCGGCGCUUCGAUCGAUUUCGUAUGUGCCCUGAAAUGGAAGCUGUUGUUCUUUGAUUCGAUGUGAUCCGAGGAGCUGGAGGGGAUCUGACUGAUUGAUCCAUGGAGCAAGGCAUCUCGAGUUGGGAUUGAGAGACAGUAGCGACGCUUUAUCUUCGAGGACAAAAAGGAUUCGGCUCGCCGAAGCGGUUCUUCUUGAAGCUCGUGAAGGAUCUGUUAAUCUUUUCGUCGUUCCGCUUUGUGGAUCGGACUCACGGAGUCGAGAAUGGAUAAGUAUGAGAUAAUGGAACAGAUCGGCCGGGGAGCCUUCGGUGCUGCGAUUCUUGUGAACCAUAAGCAAGAGAAGAAGAAGUAUGUUCUAAAGAAAAUCCGGCUCGCGAGGCAGACUGAGCGGUGCCGGCGAUCUGCUCAUCAGGAGAUGGCUCUUAUCGCACGGCUCCACCACCCUUAUGUCGUCGAGUUCAAGGAAGCCUGGGUGGAGAAGGGCUGCUAUGUUUGUAUUGUCACUGGAUACUGUGAGGGAGGAGACAUGGCUGAGUUGAUGAAAAGAUCAAACGGAACAUAUUUUCCGGAGGAGAAAUUGCUGAAAUGGUUUGUCCAACUGCUAUUAGCUGUAGAAUACUUGCAUUCCAACUUUGUUUUGCAUCGAGACCUCAAGUGCUCGAAUAUAUUUCUCACCAAGGAUCAAGAAGUUCGCCUUGGGGAUUUUGGGCUUGCUAAAACUCUGAAAGCAGAUGAUCUGGCUUCUUCGGUUGUUGGAACUCCCAAUUACAUGUGUCCAGAGCUCCUUGCUGAUAUUCCUUAUGGUUUCAAGUCAGAUAUCUGGUCUUUAGGUUGCUGUGUGUAUGAGAUGGCUGCUCAUCGACCAGCAUUUAAAGCUUUUGAUAUGGCUGGAUUGAUAAGCAAGAUUAAUAGGUCCUCUAUUGGUCCACUCCCGGCUUGUUAUUCUUCUUCAUUGAAAGCAAUCAUCAAAAGCAUGCUGAGGAAGAAUCCAGAAAAUCGGCCAAGUGCAUCUGAAAUUCUACAACACCCUUAUUUGCAACCAUAUGUCAUUGAACACCGUCCAUGCCCAGAUCCUUCAAGUGUAAACCAGUCACCAGAGAUGCCCAUCUCCACUUCACAUGGAAGUCAGAAGAACAUGUCUGAAAGCCAAAGCAGCAGUGUUUCCAGCAGUGACAAAGAUAGUUUACGGUCAGGUGACCAUAACAUUUCUGGUCCAACAGCUGAUUGCCAGCAAAAGACAACUGGAGCAGACAGCGCUUUAACUGAUGUUUUAGCUCCCAACGCAUAUACGCCACCAGUGGAUGCCAUACAUGGUAAUGAGGUCUCCAAAGCUGCUAUAGAGAGAAAAAGUUCAUCAAAGUUCAUACAUGUUGAUCAGCAGCCAAAACUUGAGUCUAAGCAGUCAAAAACUGUAAAUAACAUUCUCAUGGUUCUAAAAGAGGAGGGAAAAGCAAGAGAAAGUUCUCCUAUGAGAGCAACCCGUGUAAGAGUUGCUAGUGGUUCCAAUCACAAGACUAACCCAGAACCGACACCUAAAUUGUCUAAGCCUGUUAGCACCACUUCAACAUCGAAGCCUAAUUCAGAAGGCCAGGCUCAUGAACCAAUCCAAACUAAUAGGGACCCCACAAAACGUGCUUCCAACCAUAACUCUGGCAUAGAUCCAUCACAGGGGACGUCCAAGCCUAUUAGCGCCUGUUCAACUUCAAAGUCUAGUGCAGAAGGGCAACCCGAUGAGCCUCCCAAGACUAAUGGUGAUUCUGAAAAGCAUGUCCAAGCAUCACACAGAUUUAAGCAACUGUUACCAGUAUCCGAGCCUUGUUCGAAGACUAAAGUCAGGUAUGAUGGUGUUUCGCCACCAGAUCGUGUCAAAUAUAUUGCAGAAGAUAAUAUUUCUCCCAAGACAAGGCAAAGGACCCCACCGUCCAGCAUCUCUAGAAAGCCUACUGUACCUUCCAAGAAAUCUGCUGGAGUUGAUCAUUGUCCAGUUGAAAAUGAGAUCAAAUGUGUUUCAGCCAACCUAACUCAGGAGCCUGAUAGUGAUGUAAACAAAAAAUGUUGUCACCCGAUGAAAGUCAACAGUCAAUCAGAGGAUGUUCCUCUAGAUCCUUCAAGAGAGAUGCAGAUUGAAACGGGUGAUUCGAAUGCUCCACCUGUUUCAACUCAAGAUUCUCCAAAACCAGUUCUCAAGGAGCAGAACAUGUUAUCCUCGAACACUACAGCUGAUUCUGCUGAGAAAAUAGUGCUCCCUGAAAUUUCUGAAUCUAAUCCACCAAUGCCUUUGUUAUCAUCAGGUACAUAUCCAAGCCUCGAUGAUUCAACAGCAGAGGGUCAUGAGCAUGACAGCGGACCUAUUCUGAAUUCGAGGUUCAGUGCAGUGGACUUGCAGAACAGCACUUCAAGUAAUGAAAUGAUGAGUUUGAGUUCACUCCAAGAGCCAACCUCUUCAAUCUCUGAUCAAGAUGUUGUUUACAAGGAUGAUCUUUCUUUGAAUAAGCCCGAUCAGCAUCAAAUGGUCACUCAAACUGGUGUCGACAGGUUUACUGUCAGGGAGCUCCUAUCUUCCAUAGCAGAUAUCGGGACUUUUGUUUCAGCAACACCUAAGAACUCUCCUAUGGAAAAUAUACCAGCUACGAAUCAGAUGUCGGAAAAACCAGCAGCACCUCAUCUAACCCCGGUUUUUGAUGAUGUCAUACAUGUCAUAAGGCACAGCAGCUUUCGUGUUGGUGGUGACCAGCCUAUCUUAGAGAACAAGGAGAAGAGCGUUCAGAACAUCGAUGUGGGAAAGUUAUUGAACGUGGUGCAGGAUGAGGUUGAUAUGAGAAAGAUGCCAAAUAAUUUGAAGCCUGCCGGAUUCAUUGAAACCGUGAAACCUAAGACGAAUGCUUCAGAAAGCGGUAUCAAGGAGAAGCCAAGUAGCCCAGAGACGGCAAAAUCAAGUUAUAAUACUACGGAGGUUAGAUCAGCUUCAUCGGAACACGUCCUCAGGUCAAAGGAGGAGGAAACUCCAGUUAAAGAAACAUUGGAUGUGAACUCCUUCAGACAGAGGGCAGAAGCACUCGAAGGGUUGUUAGAGCUCUCGGCGGAUCUUCUGCAGCACAAUAGGCUGGAAGAACUUGCGGUGGUCCUAAAACCUUUUGGGAAGGAUAAGGUUUCCCCACGAGAAACUGCAAUUUGGUUAGCCAAGAGCUUCAAGGGGUUGAUGAGUGAGACGACAUGAGGAUUCCAUCCUUCUUCUGGGUAGUUUUUCCUGCAUUUGUGUCAAGAAGGAAUCUAUAUCUUGCAGUGCUUACCCCUUUUUCCACAUUUUUUUCUUCAAGAUUCUUUGUUUUAGAAAAAAAUGGUGUAUAUAGCGUGAAAUGUGAACAAAAUAAGACAUUGUUUUUUCUUUUGGGUAGCAAGGAACCAUGGAUGCGUGUAAUGACAAUUGCUGUAAUGUUCUGUAAUGAGGUUCUUUA